AGCCUGUGUGCAGCCGGCGGCGGGGGCGGGCACUGCCGUGCCGGUGCCGCUGGGGCUGGGGCACGGCGGAGUGCCGCGGAGGAGGCAGCGGCGGGAUGGGGUUGGCUUCCUGAAGCGGGGGGAGGGCGGGAGGGGGCUGGUUUUGCAUUUCGGUCCCUCUCCGCCCCCCUCCUGCCCCUCUCUCCCAAGUUCGCCGCGCUGCCGCGGCCCCUCUGGAGCGGCUGGCUGCGGGUUAGCCCCUGCCCCGCUCCCGGCGCUGCCCGCGGCGGGGCGGGCGGGGACAGCGGGGAGCCGAGGCAACCCAGGGAGCGGCCCGCCGCCCCUGGGGAGGCUCUGCUCCGGGGAGCAGUGGGGGGAGGCGGCUGGCACAGGCGCCGGAUUCCGCCGCCCGCCCCCCGGCACCGCCGCCGUCUGCCCAGCGCAGGCAGCCCCGGGAGAUGGUGACACAUGAAGCGUGCGGGAAGGACCAUGGUUGAGAGGACCAGCAAGUUCUUGCUGAUCGUGGCUGUCUCGGUGUGUUUCAUGCUUAUCCUGUACCAGUACGUGGGGCCGGGGCUGAGUCUGAGUUCCCCCAGCGGCCGCUCCUACUCGGAGGAGCUGGACCUCUUCCCCACGCCGGACCCGCACUACGUGAAGAAGUACUACUUCCCCGUGCGGGAGCUGGAGCGGGAGCUCGCCUUCGACAUGAAGGGCGAGGACGUGAUCGUCUUCCUGCACAUCCAGAAGACCGGCGGCACCACCUUCGGCCGCCACCUGGUGCAAAACGUGCGGCUGGAGGUGCCCUGCGACUGCCGGCCCGGGCAGAAGAAGUGCACCUGCUACCGCCCUAACCGCCGGGAGACCUGGCUCUUCUCCCGCUUCUCCACGGGCUGGAGCUGCGGGCUGCACGCCGACUGGACCGAGCUCACCAACUGCGUGCCCGGAGUGCUGGACCGCCGGGAGAGCGCCGCCGCCAAGACGCCCAGAAAAUUUUACUACAUCACGCUGCUGAGAGACCCUGUAUCUCGUUACCUCAGCGAAUGGCGUCACGUCCAACGAGGAGCUACUUGGAAGACCUCCUUGCACAUGUGUGAUGGCAGGACACCAACUCCUGAAGAGCUGCCAUCGUGCUACGAAGGCACAGACUGGUCAGGCUGCACGCUGCAGGAGUUCAUGGAUUGCCCGUAUAAUUUGGCCAACAACCGCCAAGUGAGGAUGUUGGCUGACUUGAGCUUAGUUGGCUGCUACAACAUGUCUUUCAUCCCAGAGAACAAGCGAGCACAGAUCCUGCUGGAGAGUGCAAAAAAGAACCUCAAAGACAUGGCCUUCUUCGGCCUGACAGAGUUCCAGAGAAAGACUCAGUACCUGUUUGAGAGAACUUUUAAUCUGAAAUUCAUCCGGCCCUUUAUGCAGUACAACAGUACCAGGGCAGGAGGGGUGGAGGUGGAUAACGACACCAUCCGGAGGAUUGAGGAGCUCAAUGACUUGGACAUGCAGCUCUAUGACUAUGCAAAGGACCUCUUCCAACAGCGCUACCAGUACAAACGGCAGCUAGAGAGGAUGGAGCAGAGGAUAAAGAAUCGGGAAGAGAGGCUUCUUCACCGGUCCAAUGAAGCACUUCCCAAGGAAGAGACGGAAGAGCAAGGACGCUUGCCCACUGAGGACUACAUGAGCCAUAUUAUAGAGAAGUGGUAGCCUAGGCAGACUUUUAUAUUAAUGAUAUUCUAGGGUUUCCAUAUAAAAGAUCAUGGAAGUAAAAUUACAAAACAACAAAAAAUAUUUUAUUUAAAAGCAAGUCUGUAAAACAGAAGCUAGAUUGCUUCCUUAAGCAUAGGGUCUUUUUACUGUUUCUUAUAAGACCAAUGAGAUUCUUAAAAAAAAAAAUAAAUACAUAAAAACAAAAAAAGGGACAACAUUAUAAUGCAGAGGUAAAAAAUGCACAAAUGCAGUUACCCACUCUUAAGGCCAAAUACAAGAGAAUGUUUCUUAUCCUCACAAUUCAAACACAAAUGGCAGAAGUAGGAUUUUUUAAAUGUUUAUCCCCUGAGCAUAACGAUAUAAAGAUACAUAAUUAAAAACCAAGGAAACGGAGGUUUUCUUUUGUGGGUGUUUUUGGAGGUGGGAUGGGAAUUGCACUGCUUGUAAGUAAAUGAUAACAGUGACUAAGUUGAGGAUGUGCCAUCCUGUCAGGCGGUGAUCUGAGCACAAGGGCGGUCACUUCAUUUCAGCUGGCAGCCACAGCCAGAAAGGACAGCACCAUAAAAAUAAAAGAAGGAAAAACCUCAGAGGAUGAGAAACAUCAAAGCAAAUUGACUAUGGCCUAGGAUAUGUACUUAGCACAGUGGUUUUGAUACAUUGCACUGGUAUCACAUACACGUACGCAACUUCAUCACAAAAAUCAUAGGGAAUUCAUGCACAAAGCUCCCAGAUUUGUUUCACAGGCAGGUCCCAAAAUGAGUUAAAAGCCGACCAAAUUCCACAUAGGCUCAAACAUGCACUCACAUGCCAUCCUGUCACCCUACACAACUGCCGGUCAUGCCGUCAUCAGUAUUAUGUGUUAACAGCACGUGAAAACCCCUAUCCUGCAUACUAAAAAAAAAGGAAGAAGAAUUUAAAUAGCAACACUCCCUCAUAAAUCUGCACGAUGAGUGCCAGGGAAGACCCUGCAAAUAAUCAGUCAUUAAUGGGAACUUGAUGAGGGGGUGAUUUUGUUUUGUUUGUUGCUGUAUGGAAUACUGAACUAGAACAAGUGUACAGACGUACCCAUAUCUGUAUUUUUUCAUUUAUUUUUACUUGCUUUUAUCGAGAGAUAAUGGGCGUCAGCCUGCUUCCAGUGAAGUCACUAGAACUGAUUUAAGUGGGAACAGGAUGGGGCUCUCUUCCAGAGCUGUGAAAAUUUCUGACUAUGGGUCUGAAUUAAUUAUGAGACAGUGCACGUUGUCUUUUGGCAGAGUGCCUGAUCUGCAGCUCUUACUUUAAAUGAACAAGCUGUGUUCAUAAAACUGGAAAGGGGAAUCAUGGAUAAUGUUUUUUUAGUCUCAGACCACUUUCAAAGCAGAACUCUCUCUUUCAGUGCUGGUUUUUAGGGACUCAUGUGAGUUUAAUCCUCCAGUGCGGUGACAGUCUAACCAGGUUCUGCUUACUGACUUCUGAGUCAUAGAACAACAAUGACUUCUCUAAUUCCUCUUCCCACUCACCAAAUUAAAGUAUGGCUUAUUUUCUUGCUGUUGCAAGCACUUCUUUGUUUGGCUGGAAGCAUGGAAAUGAAGCAGUUUUUGCCUGUUUCAUGUCUCACCCCGUUAUUACUCAGCCUGUAAGACCUGAACCAGCCAUUGUUGAGGGUAAACUACAAACCCAACGGAGUAUGAUUUGAUUUUCAGAGGCCAUGUUAACUGCAGAUCAAAUAUGGCAUUGAAAUCACCAGAGGAGAGGCAGAGACCUAACGCAUUCAACUUUGGCAUGUCAUUUUUACGGUGUCCCUUUCCCAUCACACGAAUCCACUGAAGUGCUGCUUGUUUUGUAUUUUAAUCCUCUCUCUGCCUCUGUACGUUGUUUCUAACAGUUUCGAAUUCAGACUGAGUUUUGCAAAGGAGGGGCUGCCUUGUUUCUUCUGUGUACACCCUGGGGGAUACACCUCGGUUUUGGAGAUAUUAUUCUCCAGAAGAGUAAAGAUAACUAAAAACUUAAGAGCGGAAAAUACAAACAGCACUUCGGGCUCAAAUACAACCCUGUUACAGCCCUGAUCCAAAGUCCACCGAAGUCAAAGGAUGUCUUUCCUAUUGAUUUCAGAUGGAUUUUGAUCGGGUCUGCAUCUGCAAAGUGCACAAGCACACCUUCAUCCACCUACAAGCACAGUGGGACGUUGUUACCCAGGCAUUCAACUGGUACCAAUAUUUGCUAGCGGUGUCGCUGUCUGUAAGGUUCUGUCAGUGCUUCUGCCACAACGUGGCCCGUUCCGCGAGAUGCGUAGCCUGGCCAUACGCAUUUCCUCCUAGCUGAAAAGUGGGAAGCAAAAUGAAGCAAUUUUCGGUUGUUGGCUUGGGGGCAGAAGGUAUUACAAAUCCAUUUGCUCAUCUCUGAAUUCCAAGACUGGGAGGAGCUAUGUCUGCUAGUUCCCAGUGCUUUUAUGUGUUGCUGUAACUAAAGAAAACAUUUAUAUUUAAAAAAUGCAAUUUUGCAGGCUGUUUACCCACAAAACCAAUACACAAGAUAUAAAAAGCAACUGUUUUAUAUGCACAGUUUCCAGCUUUACCCAAAGGCUUUUCACUGUGCAUUCUGCAUUAUGGACCCGUAAUGCACAAGUGGUUACUGCAGCUACUCCACGUUCGAGGUGCACAUCGGCGCAGCUCCGGCGGGGCUGCGCGGUGAAUGCCCGGGCAGGUCUGCGUGUGCCGGCACUGACUUCUGAGAGCCUUUCUGUACCGAAGGCCAAAUUCUGCUCUCAUCUACCACAGGGUGACAGUAAAUGGGACUGUGUGUGAUUAGGACCGGUAACGUUAUUUGGCUCAGUUUGCCUGAGUUUUUUCUGUGUUAUGGGCUCUGAGUAACCAGCUGGAUUUUAAUGGAUCUGUCUGCGGGGUUCUCUAAAAGGCAGCCUCUGACCCUAGAAGCAUGUCAGUAGAAGACCUUGUUCCAACAUUUUCUUUGUAAUAUAUUACAGUAACAAGCAAAAGCAAUGAAACUAUCUUGAAAACUGUCUUGUUAACAGUUUCGCUUCAACCCACAAAAGGAGGGCUGACCUCAGCUUAGCACUGAGGCAGAAAUUUCUAGAGUCCAAUCCUGCGCCCAGCAAAUGCCUCAGUUUCUCCACCUGUACGUUGGGAAUAAGAAAUUCCUGCACUGUAAAGAGGUACCCCAAGGUAUGAGAAGUAUAGGGCAGUUUGCAACAGAUUCUAAGUAUCGGAAAUUAAGAGAAUGACCCAAAAGCCAUCGCUCACCCUGGCUUCUGUGCUGGUCUGUUUAUGGCUGUAAAUCAUCCUUUAAUUUAUUGUAAGUGCUGUGUGCCAGAGUGUGGGUGGCAGGACGUACCUGGCACAAUCUUCUUCCUUUAGUGGGUUUAAGGGAACUUUUUUAACAUAAUGUGAAUGUAGUUUUUGUGAUUUCUAUGUACUACAGUUUGAAGUGGUACAAUUUCUUUUAUUUUUAGGACUGAUUAUUUGAUGCUACAAUAACAUGAAAAAUGUAUGUGUAGUUUUAAAAUUAAUGGAGAACAACGGCUUUAAAGCACUCUGGCAGAAGUAGUGGCCAGAUAGUACAUUCUUGUUCAAUAUCUGCCCCUUUCUUCCAAAACGUUUUUCCUCUGACUUCCAGACGCACUGAGACCUUCUUCACUACAUGAAGUGUUUCUUCCUGGGGCCCGUCAAUGCAUCACGAUCCUGGUCAGGAUAGGUGAGUGCUGGGUACAGCGGGGGCAGGUGCAGGAUUGUGACCUGUCUCUUCCUGGAGCUGGUGAGACGGUUCCCCUUGAAUUCAGAUUUUACCUAGUUGGAUGCUUGUCCUCCCACAGUGGGCGGACCAAAAAACUUUUUAUUGCUCAUUUGUCUCAUCCCAGCUAGCUCUAAUUGAAGGAGUUUGCCUCCUACUCCAGAUUUUCCCAGACAGUCAGAUGCCACCUCGUACCCCACGCAGGUCACAAAAUGCAGGAUCGACUGGUACGGUUGCAGACCCAGGCUGUCGCUGGGUUCAAAGUCAUCAACAAAAAAACCUCUCAACGAAGGAUCGGUGUGAAUUUCUGGCUUGGCUGAAUUUCCCCCUUCGUGCCCAACAUUUUGGAAUAAAUGGGGAGCAGUUUAGGUUGACGGUUUUGCACCCCAUAGUCCCUUACUUGCUUACAAAAUGGGGACGGCAAUGGUAGCAGCAUAAGGAAGAUCCCAACAAGCUUUUGAAUCCUCUCUCCCAUGGCUGUUGUGUAGGAGCAGAAAGGGCAGUGCAGCCGCUGAGAAUACGAGCAAGGCAGAAGGACCACCACAGUGGCAGUACGGACACAUGUCAGUUAGGAAGUUCUCACUCUGAGCUCAUCAAAUCACUUCACAGAGACCCCUGAACAGCUACAGAAGGUAAUGACUGACAUUACAGAACAAGGCCUGACUGAGAUUUGUAUCCGGGGGUUAAAAGCUUCUGUAGCUUCUUACUGGUGUCUAGAGUUACUCAGACCCCCUCCUAUCCCAUAGAAUUUUCCGAGUGUCACAAAAAUGGGUAACGCUACAGAAAUUUGCAACACAGACUAUGCUAAACAUUGUAUUUCCAGGGCUGUAUCUUGGAAUGCAACUCACACUAUUCUGCUGGAUUCCAAUCACAGGGCUGGCUGCAUUAUCUUUUUGUUCUUGUUUUCAUUAAUAUUAGCAGAUCAUGUUGCAGUGGCAGAAAUGAAUGCAGGAUUCGCUGCCCGAUCAGCAGCAGAGCCAAGCCUUUAACGCACAGGUCAGUUAGCAGCAGUUCAGGUAAACCAGCGAGCAGUGGAGCUCAUGUCUGCGCAGACAAUCCGAGCUCUCCGUGGCUGUUUGUUUUGCCCCAUCUACAGGAGUUCUGCCAAGGUGAAUGCAGUCCUGAUAAGCACGUGGGUAUUAAAGCCUAUAUUGUCCCAGCUGCAGGUGGUUUUCUCUGUAAUUUUUAGCCAUGCAAGCUGAAAAAAAAAAAACGAGAUUUGCAAAUGAAUCUGUCUCGUCCCUCAAAGCCCCACAAUUCCCCCUCCCUGUUUUCCCCCAGGUGUCAAUUCUGCAGACUGGAUUGAGAGAGUUGUACUAUAAUGAAUAAUUUUAUAUUCAAAUGCUUUACUGAGCAUGAUUUGUUUUGUACAUAUUGGAAUAUGAUUUAACUUAUUUUUAUUGCCCCGUUCAUCUUUUUUUCAUAAGGAAAACACAAAAAUCCCCACCCUCUCUCAAUGUGAAGUUCCUCUGUGUUUGUGUGUAGUCUGCCAGGCGAACACGCAGCAGCCACAGGAUUUGUCACUGUCCCUACUGGUAUCUGAAUUUAUUUUUCAUCAUAAUUUGGUUUUGUCUGAGGCUUUGCUUAUAUUGUCUCUUCCUUUCUCUUGCUGCACAAUCUGCACAGGAAAGGGAAAGGGCAAUGCAGGCAGGACUUUUUCUUCUCCCCCCUUUCUUGUGUGCUUUACCUACCAAGGAACUCAGCUGUUAUUUCUAGGAGUUGUGUGACUGAGGGUAACAAAAUACAACUGUCUCCCCACCCAUCUUCCAUCCUCCAUAUUGUAGAUCAAACAGAUUCAGCUUCUCUGAAAGUGAUUGUGGCUGGAGUCAUUCCAUUGGGCUGAAUGUGUAUGGUUUGCACUUUUUUUUCUCCACUUCAGGAACUUAAAAACAACAACAAAAAAAUAAAAUUGUUUCACUUGAGCCAAGUAACACUUAAAGCUUUAUAUAUUUAUUUAUAGCAUCUUACAGGAAAAAAAAAGUGUUAAAAGGUUUUUUCUUUUCUUCCACAAGAAAAAUUGGAUUGAAAAAAAAUAAUCAUCUAAUUGUUUUUGUCUAGAUCAAGAAUGAAUGUUAGCAGAUGAAAUAAACCCUAAAA